AUGUUCGCUCUGCGAUCGAUUCGCAGAUUUAGCACCGCGCCCUGUAAGUUGUCUCCAUCUGCUAGUAAUUCAACAAAGGGUUUGAAAAAUCCGGCCAAAACAGAUGAGCCUGCAUUGAUCAAGCUGAAGAAAGAGAAGGACCCGGAUAGGCUGUUCGAUUUGUUCAGGGCCAAUGCUAGCAAUAGGCUCGUCGUUGAGAACCGGUUUGCCUUUGAGGACACUGUCUCCAGGUUAUCUGGCGCGGGCAGAUUAGAUUACAUCGAGAGUCUACUCGAGGAGCAGAAGUACCUGCCACAGGGCCGUCGGGAAGGGUUUAUAAUCCGUAUUAUAAUGCUCUAUGGUAAGACAGGGAUGGUAGGUCACGCUGUACAAACGUUCCACGACAUGCAUUUGCACCGGUGUAAAAGGACCGUUAAGUCUUUCAAUGCGACCCUCAAGGUUCUGACCCAGUCGAGGGAUUUAAAGGCGAUUAGCUUGUUCUUGAAUGAUGUACCUGUUAAAUUUGGCAUCCAAUUGGAUGUUUAUUCCAUUAAUAUUGUCAUCAAGGCCUUCUGUGAAAUGGGUAUUCUGGAUAAGGCUAUUCAGGUCAUGGUUGAGAUGGAGAAAUUGGGAAUAUUCCCCGAUGUUUUCACGUAUACGACAUUAAUAUCAGCUUUUUACGAGGCUAGACGGGUGGAAAUUGCAAACGGUUUGUGGAAUUUGAUGCUGUUAAAAGGCUGUCAUCCUAAUGUGGCUACUUUUAAUGUUAGGAUUCAGUUCUUGAUCAACCAGGGGCGUGCCUGGGAGGCUAAUAAGAUGCUGAACAUUAUGCGCAGGCAUAGGAAGUUUCCGGAAUUUCCCGAUGAGAUCACGUAUAAUCUAGUGAUUAAGGGGUUUUUCCAGGUGGGGUACUAUGAUAAGGCCAUGAGGGUGUAUUCGAUUUUUCAUGAUGAUGGAUAUAAGCCAAACCAGAGAAUUUAUCAAACCAUGAUUCAUUAUCUUUGUAUGGAGGGGAAAUAUGACUUGGCCUACUUAAUGUGUAAAGAUUGUAUGCAGAAAAACUGGUUUCCUAGUGUGCAUACGGUUUAUAAUCUGCUCAGAGGACUAAGAAAAGCUGGAGAAGCAGCUGGAGGCGAUGACAUGAUUGAUAAGGCUAAAAAUAUAUAUAGUCUUGCUCUAACAAAGAGGCCUCCUUUUUCUGUUGUGGUUCCCGAGCAUUCAUGCAUGCAUGCGCAAGCUGCUGGUGUUAUAAUAUAUGCAUUAUCUGUAUCUGUGAUACUUUGGGGCUUCUAUUGUGAACUCAAAUUUCGGCGGAUAAAUGAAAGCAGUAACUACGCAGACUGCAGUUUGAAUAUCAAGGAAGACCUGCUGGUGGUCAUUUUUGUAAGAGUGACGAAAAGUAGCGGGAAACGCUGUAAAGAUUGUAGGCGCAAGCCUAGAAAGGGAGAUGGAGAGGAGAGUAUAUAUACGUAA